CACGAGCGGGGCCGAGCGCGAGAUUGCUCCAGGUCCUGGCUGUCUGUGCUGACAUGGUGACCGGGCAGUGGCCUUCGGCGGCAGGCGGACAGGGACAGCUGCUCUGCAGAGUAGUAGCUGACGUGUAGGAGGAGGAACAGAAACUGGUACUUGAUCAGCAGAUCUUGGAAGCAGUGACACAACCUGAGCAAGUCUGCAAAAGGUGGUCAACCAGCAGCAAUCACAUCUCCUUUAUGGAUUCAGGCUAGCAGGAACAGCCUGGUGGGGUCCAUCUUGGAUAGACGCGGAUGAUGCCAGAGCUAUGACAGGGAUUGCAGUCUUGGCACUGAGGGGUGAUCAAUUAUGGAACAACUACAGGAGGAAGUACCUGAGGUCAAGGAAGAGGAAGAGGAAGAGGCAGUGAUGGUGGCAAGUGGAGCCUCAGACCCAACUGGAGGACCAGACAGCUCGUUGCCUUCAAGCAGCUACACAGACCUGUCACAGAGCUCCUCUCCCUCGCUGUCGGACCAGCUGCAGAUGGGCUGCGAGGAGGCGGCGCUGGGAGCGCUGAACGUGGAGUGCAGAGUCUGUGGGGACAAAGCCUCGGGCUUCCACUACGGCGUGCACGCCUGCGAGGGCUGCAAGGGUUUCUUCCGCCGGACGAUCCGCAUGAAGCUGGAGUACGAGAAGUGUGAGAGGAGCUGCAAGAUUCAGAAGAAGAACAGAAACAAGUGCCAGUACUGCCGCUUCCAGAAAUGCCUCUCGCUGGGCAUGUCCCACAAUGCAAUCCGCUUCGGGCGCAUGCCAGAGGCGGAGAAGAGGAAGCUGGUGGCAGGGCUGACAGCGAGCGAGAUCAGCUGCCAGAACCCACAGGUGGCUGACCUGAAAGCUUUCUCCAAGCACAUCUACAACGCCUACCUGAAGAAUUUCAACAUGACCAAAAAGAAGGCAAGAGGUAUCCUGACCGGCAAGGCCAGCAGCACCCCACAGCCUUUUGUGAUCCAUGACAUGGACACCUUGUGGCAGGCAGAGAAGGGGCUGGUGUGGAAGCAGCUGGUGAACGGCAUCCCCCCCUACAAGGAGAUCGGGGUGCACGUCUUCUACCGCUGCCAGUGCACCACGGUGGAGACUGUGCGGGAGCUCACCGAGUUCGCCAAGAGCAUCCCCAGCUUCGUCAGCCUCUACCUGAACGACCAAGUGACUCUGCUCAAGUACGGGGUGCACGAGGCCAUCUUUGCCAUGCUGGCCUCCAUCAUGAACAAGGAUGGGCUGCUGGUGGCCAACGGCAACGGCUUUGUGACCCGCGAGUUCCUGCGCAGCCUGCGCAAGCCCUUCAACGAGAUCAUGGAGCCCAAAUUUGAGUUUGCUGUGAAGUUCAACGCGCUGGAGCUGGAUGACAGUGACCUGUCCCUCUUUGUGGCUGCCAUCAUCCUGUGUGGAGACCGCCCUGGCCUGAUGAACGUGAAGCAGGUGGAGGAGAUCCAAGACAACAUCCUGCGAGCGCUGGAGUUCCACCUGCAGUCCAACCACCCGGAUGCCCAGUACCUCUUCCCCAAGCUGCUGCAGAAGAUGGCUGACCUGCGACAGCUCGUGACAGAGCACGCCCAGCUGGUGCAGAAGAUCAAGAAGACAGAGACAGAGACAUCUCUGCACCCACUUCUGCAGGAGAUCUACAAGGACAUGUACUAAGGACCUGUUAUUUAUGAGAAUGAAGCCAUGGAUUCCCAUCAAGACUCUUUGUACAGAACAAAGAAAACCCUUCCCAGUGUCUUCCAUUUCUCCUACUGGAAACUCUUUUCUAUGUGACCCUGACGUACGGUACAUAGGGCAAGAUGCCGUCAGGAUUUGCAGGUGCCUCCUGCUCGGCCAGGGCUUCCGUUAACACACACUAACAAAUCUGCAAAGCUGCUGUUCCCCUUCCUGUGGCCCAGCUCUGGCUGCCCAGUUUACAUGGCUCAGGCAGCGAGGUCACUGUGGCACCUCAGGUCCCCAGAGUGGGGAGCCCUGGUCCUUAGGAGGGCCAAGGGGUGCAGGGGCCAGCAGGGCUGACAGCAGCACUUGAAGUGUGUCUGUAUUCUUUUGUUCGUUUGCACUCCAAGGACGUGGUCCUGAGCCAUGAAGUCUGGGACAGUGUGAUGAAAGGAUGUUUCUCUCUUUCCCAAAGAAAAGCUCUGGAGUAUUUGAACACGGGUAGGGCUGUCCCAGGGGAGACUCAGCUGCAGCCCCCCCAUGCUCUGCAGUGUAUUCCUGUCUCCCAGUGGGACUGUGUGAACUCUGCCUUCCUGGGUGCUGGAUGGGAGCCUUUGCUCCUGGCACCCUCGUUCCAUAGGGAACGUGUCCCUUGGCACCUCAGUAAGAGAGAGGUUGGGAUGGGGAAGUAGGAGGGAAAGGAUUUGACUCCUUAAAAUUCAGCUUCAGAGCAGAGGCACGGAAUCCGUGGCUUCCACAGGCUGCUCUGCACAGAUGUGAGUUACAAAAAAGGUGUGUGGAGGGUGAGAGGCCUUGAGCUGGUCAGGGUUUGGUGUCCUGCCUCAGUUUCCCCUCUGUGAAAGGGACCUGGAUUGUCACAUGCUGUCUGCUCAGAGCAGGAGCACGAGGAUCUGUUAGUGCAUUGGUUGCAGAGCGCUUUGCAGCUCUAAAUGCCAAGGUUUUAUAAACAGGGAGGGGGGGGUGGUUGGGAUGCUCACAAUGAGCUGGAGCUUCCCAGUGAGCUGGCUGUGUCAGGGAAGCUGCCAGUCCACCUCUGCCACUGUUCCCAAGAGUGGGAACAGCUCCAGGCUUGGAGGUCUGCCUGAUCCCAGCACCAUUCUGGGACUUUACCUCACAACUUCUCACAGCUGUAGUGAAGCACCACCGUGCUGCCUGGGUCAGGCCAGGCCCCUGGUGUGGGGACUGUGUCCCUUGGGCUUUGGGCAGGGGGAGGAUGGACCUGGGAAGGGCUCAGUUUCCCUUUCAGGAUAAUGGUAUCUCAUCCAAGAAGUGACACUUCCCUGUCUGCAGCUCCUAGUCCCCCGUGUCCUGAGCAGCCUUAUUAAAAUACUGAUAUUCCCUAGGAGGGGUUGUGGGAGCAAAUUAUUCGGUUUUAUUUUACUUUCCUCCUCUUCAGGGUAGCAGAUUUCCCUGGUGCAAUAAUUCCUUUAAAACCCAAAGGGGAAGAGCACUGGGCUUUCCCUCCCCAUUACAGGGCUGGCUGGUCCCAAACCUCUCCCUGCUGCCACACUCCUCAGUUUGCCGUGCCUCAGUUUCCCUGCCCAGCCCUCCCCUCCCUACCUCGCAGGGGUGUUGGGAAUUACCGUUUCUGAAGCACUUUGAAGCCCUCUGGGGGAAGGCACUGGAGACAUGCAUGUGCUGGAUGGAGCCCGGGGAUUUGUCCUUCCAAAACCCCAGUGGUGUCCCCACCUCGGUGGCAAUGCAGGACUCGUGCCCAUCACCUGGGAAACUUUUUGCUCUUCCUUCCUCGACAGUAUAACAACCCUCAAACUGAAAUGUAUAUUUUUGCUAGAAGUACAAACCUCCAAGUGUUUUUAAUAAUAUAAAUAGUGUCCACAAACUGACUUGACUUUAAAUAAAUCUGAACUAAAUAUUUAAGAA